GGCGGCCGGAAGUACGCUCCGCGCGCCUGCUCCGGGGAGUUCCGCCGGACAUCAACAUGGCGCCCUAGAGCCCCGCCGCACCAGUGCCACCGCGGGCGAGUGACGCCGCCAUCAUGUCCCGCCACAGGAACGUCCGAGGCUAUAACUACGACGAAGAUUUUGAAGAUGAUGAUGUGUAUGGCCAGUCGGUAGAAGAUGAGUAUUGCAUUUCUCCUUCAACAGCAGCUCAAUUUAUCUACUCCAGACGAGACAAACCAGCAACACUUGCUGAGCCGUUAGAAGAAGAAUAUGGCUAUGAAGAUACAGAUGAGAGUGCUGAUUAUUUUACAUCCAAUCAUCAGUUGACUGAAGUUGAUAGAGCCCGUCUUAAUUCAUGCCUUGAUCAAAUGAGAGAAGUUCUGGCGGAGUCUGUACCAGAGCAAACAAUGGUGGAAGCACUACUGGAUAGUAAAUUUGAUGUACAGAAGGCUUUGGAUCGUGUGUUUUCACAAGGCAGUAAGCAAAAUGUGAAGACCAAGAAUGAGGAUGCUGUGAUUGUAGGAAAAACGAAAAAAGGAGACUUACUUUGUUGUCCAGAAAUGUGUAUUGAUACAGACAGUUUCUCUUGUGCAGUAGGAAAUGUUGCUGACAACACCAGCAAACCUGAGAUUGGAAACUUGACAGCCGAAAGUGGUUCAGCUUGUUAUUCUUUAAUUACAAAUGACAAAAUGCUCCUUAAUGCUGAAAAAUCAGGAAAAACAAGGGAUUCCCAGUCAGCCAGAGUGGAAUCUGAAAUUGUGCCAAAAGUUGCCAAAAUGACGGUGUCUGGAAAGAAACAGUCUAUGGGAUUUGAAGUUCCAUGUGUGAUUGCUGAAGAAAAUGGCCACGCUAGCACACUUCAGAAAGGACUGUUAACUGAAGAUUCCAGUGCAGCUUCUGGGGUGCUUGAAGCAGUCUCAAAAUCUACCCUUUCACCCCAAGUACUACAGGUUUCAGAAGAGCAGAGUACGGUGCCUACUCCAGUAAAAAAGUCAAGCAAAACAAAACCACAAAUAGAUGUGAAAGCAGAGUUGGAGAAGAGACAAGGAGGAAAGCAACUGCUUAAUUUGGUGGUAAUAGGACAUGUUGAUGCAGGUAAAAGUACUUUAAUGGGUCAUCUGCUGUACCUUUUGGGAAAUGUGAACAAAAGAACUAUGCACAAAUAUGAACAGGAAUCUAAGAAGGCUGGGAAGGCCUCGUUUGCCUAUGCAUGGGUCUUGGAUGAAACUGGUGAAGAAAGAGAAAGGGGAGUGACAAUGGAUGUGGGUAUGACCAAAUUCGAGACCAAGACUAAAGUGAUUACACUGAUGGAUGCUCCAGGCCACAAAGACUUCAUUCCAAAUAUGAUUACGGGAGCCGCACAGGCUGACGUGGCUAUUUUGGUUGUAGAUGCUAGCAGAGGAGAGUUUGAAGCAGGGUUUGAGACGGGUGGACAAACUCGAGAACAUGGAUUAUUAGUGCGCUCUCUUGGAGUAACACAGCUGGCUGUUGCAGUCAAUAAAAUGGAUCAGGUCAAUUGGCAACAAGAAAGAUUUCAGGAAAUAACGAGUAAACUUGGUCAAUUUCUUAAACAAGCUGGCUUUAAGGAAUCAGAUGUGACAUAUAUCCCAACGAGUGGCCUUGGGGGUGAAAAUCUGGUAACAAGAAGUCAGUCAAGUGACCUAACAAAAUGGUAUGAAGGAAAGUGUUUGUUGGAGCAGAUUGAUUCUUUCAAGCCACCACAGAGGUCAGUGGAUAAACCAUUUAGAUUGUGUGUUGCUGAUGUUUUUAAAGACCAAGGGUCAGGAUUUUGUGUGACUGGUAAAAUAGAAGCAGGCUAUAUUCAGGUUGGAGAACGACUUCUGGCAAUGCCUCCUAAUGAAACUUGCACUGCAAAAGGAAUCACACUGCACGAUGAACCAGUUGAUUGGGCUGCAGCAGGAGAUCACGUUAGUCUCACUUUGACCGGCAUGGAUAUCAUCAAAAUCAAUGUUGGUUGUGUAUUUUGUGAUCCCAAGGAACCCAUUAAAGUUUGCACUCGUUUCAGAGCUCGGGUUCUCAUCUUCAAUAUUGAGGUUCCAAUCACUAAAGGAUUUCCUGUGCUUUUACACUAUCAAACUGUAAGUGAACCUGCUACUAUUAGAAGAUUGUUGAGUGUCCUGCACAAAAGCACUGGUGAAGUGACAAAGAAAAAACCUAAGUUCUUGACUAAAGGGCAGAAUGCUCUAAUUGAACUGCAAACUCAAAGACCGAUUGCUCUAGAGUUGUAUAAAGAUUUUAAAGAGCUUGGGAGGUUUAUGUUACGCUACGGUGGUUCCACUAUUGCUGCAGGAGUUGUCACAGAGAUUAAAGAAUGACAGUGGUGCCGGAACUUGAACUGUUCAACCAAAAUGCAAUGAGAUAUCAAAACUUCUGUUUAAGAAUCCAGUUACUUCAGUUGAAGGAACAAGUGCAAUUAACUGCAGAGAAGAUCAUGACAAAAGUUACAUCGUGUAAAAUGUCUGGGGAGAGCCCUUCAUCAGUCUCUCCUACUGCAGAACAAGAUGCCAACUGACAGGGAACUGCUAAUGUUGCGCUUCUUGAUCUCAAGAAUAUCAUGUGUUUCUCCACAUGAAAUUCAGCCCUUAGAGCUAAAUGGAAAAAUCUUUCAAAGUUGAAUUAGAGAAAAAGAUGGUGAAUCAUCAUGAAACAAGGUCAUUACUUCCAGACAUAAAUUGUUUACAUAUUUUCUUUGAUUUGCUUUUUUCUGCACAUUAAUUCAGUAAAGUAACUCUUCUAGUCUAAUAUAUUUUUAGGUUCGAGUUGAAUGCAUAUUUGGGGGAAAAAAGAACUAUUUACUUUGGUUUCAAGAGAAUGGCAUGUACUGUUUUCCUGGGAUUGUUUUCCCUCUCCCAAAAUUUAUUUAAAUAAAAAGUUUUCUUUUGCUGUGUAGUGGAAGCUGUGCCAACAU